CGUGAGCAUACCUCAAGCAAGCCUUAAACGAACGGCAUCUCCUGUCCUGAGCACCGAUGACCACCAACACACAUUUUUCCCCAUUUUGUCCUUCUAAUGCAGUUGGCGUGGUCCACUCUUGUUGUCGUCGCCACGGUAACUAGGGUGUAUCCGGUCGCAUUUGAGUUGACAAGAUAAAGACCAGAUGAUUCUAAAAAAACGGGAUGCGGUGGUAUCGGAAUACAAGAUUUUAUUGCAGUAGUCUGACAUAGAGCAAAUUUGUCAUGUCGUCUGAUCCGGCAUUACGUGUUGUUUGUCUCAGACGUGUUGUCUGUCCCACACUGCCGACGUGUUUUUUUUAUUUUAUUUUUUUUUUAAAUAAUUUUAUUGGCCGUCAGAUAUUUACAGUACUGCUUCAAAAGAUGCGGGACAAGUCUAAAAAUAAACUAGAUUUUGGAUUCAAAUAUACUGUGCACGAUGGCGACGCGGAGUAAAUGUCUUUUCCGGAGUCAUUGAUCAGAUCGGCGAAUUAUGACAUUAAAGCCAAUCAGCAUAAAAUGCUAAAUAUCGACCGAUACCGAUAAGGCUGAUCAGAUCGGUGUAAAGUCUAGUUUUAAGUCUGACAGCUUCUUUCCUCAGCCAGUACCUGAAUUGCAAUACAUUUGUUUGCAUUUUCUGCAAUGUCAAUUUGAAAUAGUCUUAUUUUUUAUUAAAGGGGUGGAAAUUAAAAAAUAAAAUUGUAAUCGAUUAAUCGUUCUCAGGGCAUAGAAUGACAACUGCACUGUUGUUUGUCUUAGAAGACGUUUGGCCUCUCAUCCAAGCGAGCGGGCAUCAUCAGUUCACAAGACGGGACUAAGUUAGGACGCACUAGCCAGAGUUUGUGUGGAAUACUCAACUAUUUAUGCUCCAACUUAGAGGCAUGCCCCACACCACGUAUGGUAUCAUUCUUUUGGCCAUUGUCCGUCCCCCAGAGUCGUUGGGUGGAAACUCCCUCUUUGAUAUUCUGUUCAGUUGUAAAGCGGUCAUGGAGUGACCUAACUGUCAAGGAGGCCGUGCUGUGUGUUGGAGGCAGAAUCAUUGAAUUUCUGUGGAAUGGACGGAAGGAAGGCAUUGUAAGUAGGUGAUAGGUGAGGUCGUAAGCUCCCUCCUCUGUUAAGCAAUGUUUUUUUCCCACCUCUGUUUAUAUAGCCUCUCUCACCCUCUUUCAAACCAUCUGUCGUCCCUGUCCACAAUAUAAAAAUGUUCUCCUCCAAAGAGUGCCGUUUCUCUUGGAGGUGCAGGUAGACAGCUGAGGUGUUUGUUUCAGCUAUCAGUUCCAAAGAAACUCAAUAAUUCCCUGACCCUGAGGUAACUCCAUCACCGCUUUACAACUGAAUGGAAUAUUAAUGAGGGAGUUUCCACCCAACGACUGGUGGACGGACACUGGCCCCUCGAAAAAACAAAAAAAACACUGGGGGACAUUUUCCUGUCAGCUUGCAGUUAUGGAACCCUUUGCCCAACAAUGCAAAUACAAACGUGAAUAUGGCGCACACAUGCUCACAUUAUGUACAGUAUCGCGUACUCACUAUUGUAAGAGAUGUAGCCGUUGAACAUGUUGACAAAGCAGCAUUUAAAGAGAGGCUGCAGAGUUCUUACAUCUUGAAUCAAAACGGAUUGCUUUGAUAUACUUGUGGUGCUGUUUUUUAUGGUGUUACUUUGCACUUUUUCUUAACCAACUAGAAACUUGACUGGCAGUAUAUUUAUUGCCUGAUAAGGCAUCCAUGACUGUUUAUACCGCUGUGCCAAAUGUCUAAUAUUUAAGUGCAAGUUUUGUGACCAGAGCCUGUUUUUUUAAAAUGUUUUUAUUGAUCUAAGGUAUUUUAUUUAUUGUUAUACAUUAGAAUGCCAAUGGUCAAUAUAUUCUUUGAGUUAAUUGUUCUUAAAAAGGAUGUACUUGAAUUCUUAUGGUCUAAUAUACUUAUAUCAGUGGCAUAAAAAAAAACAACAACAAUACUAUCAUUUGUUGUGAUCGUUUUUGAGAAAAUAUAUUGUCCUAAAAAAUUUUAAUUAAAAAAACUAAACACGCAUAAUAUAUUGAGACAGAGAGAGAGAAGCUCAAUGGAUAACACAAAAAUCUUGUACAGGACCGCAAAGCAAGAACCGUGAUACAGCGGAGGUUUACUGCAUCUGUACUAGACUGAUCGGCUUCAUCGGUAUCGGCCGAUAAUUAGCAUUUUAUGCUGAUCGGCUUUAAUGUCACAAUUAGCCGUCAUUGAUCGGCUCCGCAAAAUACAUUUGCUCCGCGUCGCCGUCGUAUAUAGUAUUUUGAAUCCAAAAGCUAGUUUAUUUUUACCCUUGUCGUGUGUCUUGUGACGUCAUUUACAAUCACUGGUCUUUGUCAAAUCAAACGUGACCGGAUGCACUCGUGACCAUGGCAACGGCAACAACAAUGGAUUGCGCCGCGUAUGUUGGUCAAAAAGAACAAAAUGGGGUAAAAGCUGUGGUGGUGGUCACCGGUGCUCGGGAGAAGACGUUCGUUAGAGAUUAACGAUCUCAACCAGGUUCCGGUACCAGUCAUGUUGCUCCCCGAUGACUUCAAGGCCAACACAAAGAUCAAAGUUAACAACCAUCUCUUCAACAAAGAAAAUCUUCCUGGACAUUUUAAAUUCAAGGAGUAUUGUCCUCAAGUCUUUAGAAAUCUAAGGGAACGCUUCGGUAUUGAAGAUUUGGACUAUCAGGUGUCGUUGACCCGCAGUCCCCCGACGAGGAGCGUCAACGAGCAAGGAGAGGGGCUGCUCCUCAACUCCUAUGACCGUACUCUGAUCGUCAAGCAAAUCUCCAGCGAGGACGUGGCGGACAUGCACAGCAUCCUGUCAGAGUAUCACCAGCACAUCGUGAAGUGUCACGGGAGCACCCUGCUGCCACAGUUCCUUGGAAUGUACCGCGUGAGUGUGGAGAGUGAAGAGACCUACCUGAUUGUCAUGAGGAACAUGUUCAGCCACAGAAUAGUGGUCCACAGGAAGUACGACCUGAAGGGCUCUCUGGUGGAUCGGGAAGCAAGCGACAAAGAGCGAGGUAAAGAGCUUCCCACCUUGAAGGACAUGGACUUCAGAAACAACAUGCAGAAGGUGUACGUGACAGAGGAGCAGAAGGAGAAGUUAAUGGAAAAACUAAAUCGGGAUGUGGAGUUCCUGGUGAAGUUGAAGAUCAUGGACUACAGCCUGCUGCUGGGCAUCCACGAUGCAGGCCGGGCCGAGAGGGAGGAGGAGGAAGGCGAAGAGGUUUCCAACGAGGACGAGCAGGAGGCGGAGAACGGCUCGGCCCCCGGCCCCGCCGCAGGCUCUUACGGCACGUCUCCUGAGGGGAUCGCCGGUUACAUGUCCUGCUGCAAGCCUCUCGGGGCCGGGGAGUUUGACCCUUACGUGGACGUCUACGCUGUCUCCAGCUGCCCGGGCGCCCCUCAGAGGGAGGUCUACUUCAUGGGCUUGAUCGAUGUCCUCACUCAAUACGACACCAAGAAGAAAGCCGCUCACGCCGCCAAGACCGUCAAACACGGGGCGGGCGCUGAAAUUUCCACCGUACACCCCGAGCAGUAUGCCAAACGAUUCCGGGACUUCAUUUCUAACAUUUUUGCAUAAACUGAACACAGAACUCAGAGCCUCUUACCAUUGACCAAACUGUGUGCGCGCAGGCAAUCUUUUUAAUUGGUUGACAUGAAGAAAGACUGCUUGGAUUGUUUAAACAGUAAAGUGUGCUUCAUAGUCAUAUAUUUUUUUUCCCCAGAUUUGCUAUCACUGUUCUUCUAAAAGGAAUGAAUCUGGAGCUGUAACUUACCUUGAUCAGUCUUCAAGUGGGCAACAGAGUUUCUCCCAUGAAAAUACCUUUACACUAAAAACGACUUUCCAUUUCAAAAGAAAUUGCCUUUUCAAAGUUGGCCCUUUUUGCCACGAGAGGCCGCUGUUGUUUAGUGGAGCUGCAGGUGGCAUUCAAGUCUCGUGGCAAUUGCAUAGCCUCCCCUUGAGCCAUUAAAACUGCCCAUUGUCAUCACAUCUACAACUCGAUCAUGACAAAGUCAAUUCCGUUUUGCAAAAACCUGCGCACGUACAGUACAUUCCGGGAAGUCCGAGCUUCACAUUUUUGUUUUCCAAGUAAAUGACAUGAUGGUUCGUGAGCUAUUUUGGAGGCCGCACGGCAGACGUGAAAGUGGCAGUAACUUUCUUACGGGAAGCUCGGCAAGAAAGUGAAGAUGGGACUUCCUUAGUCUUGAAUGGAGAUAACCGAAGAAACCUUACAAAGUAACGCGUUACUCCAAACAUUUGGUCCGGUGACGUCAUAAGUAAUCUAACGCGUUCCUUUUUAUAUUGGAGUCGUCCGAAUACAGUUACUUUGAUUUAUCUGCCAAUAGUUAUUUUUUUCUUCCCGAGAACCAGAGCUUAAUGUCCUUUUGAUAUUAAAAGAUGCCAUUUUUGCUUUGGCAUCAGAUAUUAAGCAUUAACAAACUACAGUGCUGGCGGCACGGGGGACGACUGGUUAGAGCGUCGGCCUCACAGUUCUGUGGACCCGGGUUCAAUCCCCGGUCCCGCCUGUGUGGAGUUUGCAUGUUCUCCCCGUGCCUGCGUGGGUUUUCUCCGGGCACUCCGCUUUCCUCCCACGUCCCAAAAACAUGCAUGAAUUGGAGACUCUAAAUUGCCCGUAGGUGUGACUGUGAGUGCGAAUGGUUGUUUGUGCCCUGCGAUUGGCUUUCGACCAGUUGAGGGCGUACCCCGCCUCCUGCCCGAUAACAGCUGGGAUAGGCUCCGGCACGCCCGCGACCCGCGUGAGGAGAAGCGGCUCAGAAAAUGGAUGGAUGGAAAGUACAGUGCUUGGGAACGUGAGGCAAGUCGAUAACCAAGACACUUGAUUCAGUCACAGUGCAUGUCAUAAGUGUAGCCCAAUUUUCAGCCUUUGUUUUAAGAAUGACGACGACGACUAUCCAUAACUAAAAUGCACCCAACGACUAACUCCGAUAUCAAAAAGACGAAAUCUUCCCACACUGAGCCGUCUGGGGCAAUGGCGUCACGUGAUGUGUUGCAUGUUUUCCGCACACAGUCGACUCACGUGCACCAAAGCAGGCAGCGGCGCAAAAACAUUGGACGGGGGCGAGGGAUUGGCACACUUAAACUGGAAAUACAGCCGCUACUUGGAGUUUCUCGAAAGAGGACAAUACGCAGGUUCGUUGUACGUUAGGCGCACGCACACACGGUUGCCUUCAUGGACCCCCGCACAAUCGGCAGGGGUGCUAGUGUGUCUUGUCUGUCUAUCAGUUAAGAGUCUUUAACGAAGUGUACUUGUUUAUGUUUAGGUGGCCAGUUAGUAUGUCAAGUCUGCACUUCAACUCCACAUAUUUAAGUUAUUUGUUCAUGCGGAUAUCAUUCUGUAACUUGACGUACAUUACAUGAAGUAAUGGGUGCAGUUAAGCUAAUGCUUUUUUUGUACUGUGGAUAAGUGAUAUUCCUGCCACUUGACAGCUGCUGAAAGUAACUACAGUUACUUUUUCUAACUUAGUUUUACCUUUAAGAUCACGUAAUCAGUAAAGUAACUAAGUUACUUUUUCAAGGUAACUGUGGCAACACUGACCAGCACAAACACGGAGUGCCAAAUGAGUAACUUCAUUCACAGUGAGGCAUGCAGAAUUUGCACUUGACUGUUUUGUUUGAAAGGAUUACCAUACAUGCAAAUAAAAGGCAUAGAGAAGCAUAUUUGACUUGGUAAAUAUUUAUUUGAAUUGAAAGCAUAUCGUAGUGGUAGUUUAGACUGUGUAAUGUUGUUUUGUAAGAAAUCUAGCAAUACAAUCGGUAGGUAUUUGGUCAUAUUUCAGAUUUAGUGACGGGCAAUGUUUAAUUCUGCAGCUCAGUAGUUUAGCAGUUGCCUGAAUAUCAUGCAGUAUUCAAAAAAAAACAAAAAACUGGCAAGGUAAAAACUGUACUCUGUUUGAGGUCUGCUCUUCUCAAUUGAUUGUAUUUUUGUAUUCAGAAUAUCAGCAUUUUGACCAAAAUAUAUUUUACAAAAAAAUA